CUCGGCCGCGGGGAGGGGGAUGCGGACGGGGGAAGAUGGCGGCCUCGAACAACCCGCGGAAAUUCAGCGAGAAGAUCGCGCUGCACAACCAGAAGCAGGCGGAGGAGACGGCGGCCUUCGAGGAGGUCAUGAAGGACCUGAGCCUGACCCGCGCGCACCGGCUACAGCUGCAGAAGACCCAAUAUUUGCAACUGGGGCAGAGCCGUGGCCAGUACUACGGGGGGUCCUUGCCAAAUGUGAAUCAGAUCGGGAACAGUGCCAUGGAUCUCCCCUUCCAGACCCCGUUCCAGUCGUCGGCGCUGGACACCAGCAGGACCACGCGGCACCACGGGCUGGUGGACAGGGUGUACCGGGACCGGAACCGCCUGGGCUCGCCGCACCGCCGCCCGCUCUCCGUGGACAAACACGGCCGGCAGGUGGACAGCUGCCCCUACGGCACCGUGUACCUGUCACCGCCGUCGGACACGAGCUGGAGAAGGACAAAUUCUGAUUCUGCCUUGCACCAGAGCACCAUGACUCCAGCUCAGCAGGAAUCCUUUUCAGGAGGGUCACAGGACAUGCAGCAGAAAAGAGUUUUAUUGCUGACUGUCCCUGGAAUGGAAGAAACCACCUCUGAUGCAGACAAAACCCUCUCUAAGCAAGGCUGGGACACUAAAAAGACUGGGUCAUCGAGACCUAAAUCCUGUGAAGUUCCAGGAAUCAACAUCUUCCCAUCCGCUGACCAGGAGAACACUACAGCCCUGAUUCCCGCCACGCACAACACGGGCGGCUCCCUGCCAGACCUGACCAACAUCCACUUCCCCUCCCCUCUGCCCACGCCCCUGGAUCCCGAGGAGUCCACCUUCCCAGCGCUGAGCAGCUCCAACAGCACCGGGAACCUCGCUGCCAACCUGACCCACCUGGGCAUCAGCACCGCCAGCCCGGGAAUGACGACGACGCCGGCGCCGUCCCAGCACCGCCAGCCCAGCGUCAGCCCCCUGUCCUUGGGCGCGGACUCGCGGCGACCUCAGUCCCAGCAAAUGUCCCCCACACUGUCCCCGCUCUCACCCAUCACUCAGGCCGUGGCCAUGGAUGCGUUGUCCCUGGAGCAGCAGCUCCCCCCGUACCCCUUCUUCACCCAGAGCGGCUCCCAGCAGCAGCAGCAGCCGGCAGUGGCCAGUUCCCUGCCGCAGACCCCCCCUCUGCUGCAGAGCUCGGCGCUGCAGAGGGGCCCCCAGCUGCCCCCUCUGUCCGUCACGGUACCUUCCAGCAUCCCCCAGUCACCGCCGGGGAGCCAGAGCCAGCCCUCCAUGGGAAUUGACAUCAACUCGGCCUCACUCCAGCAGUACCGCAGUAAUGCUGGCUCCCCGGCCAACCAGUCUCCCACCUCUCCUGUCUCCAAUCAAGGCUUCUCUCCUGGCAGCUCCCCUCAAGUAAGGGACUCUGUGCUUCCACAGGCCUUGCUUCUCGUGUGUGUUCCCAGCUGGGUUUCUCCAUCGCUGCCCCGUGGUCGUGUCGCUGUGACCCCGUGUGUGCCUCAUGCAUCGCUGACGCCCCGUCCCGCCCCUCCGUCCCCGCUCCCGCAGGGCUCCAGGAGCUGCUGAAUUCUCUCCUUUGAGUGAGCAGAGGAUCACGGGGUCCAGGCUGCUGGUUGAGCGCUGGGGUGCUGUUUGUUUGGGGGGCAGAACCUCCAGGUAGAAACCUUCCAGUUGGCAGGAUCCCUGAUGGGGGUGAGGUUGGGAGGGCAGGAAAGGGGGAAUGUCAGUGCCUCCUGCAGCAGGAAAACUCCUGGGGCACUGAAUACUGAAAUAUUUACGCUAAAUAUCCCAAACUGAUUUAGAUCUGGACCUUUUUUUUUUAAU